AUGGCAUUUCAUCAUCCCUUUCAAGAGGCACAGUUUGAUCUUUUCGACUGGUACCCCAAAUAUCAGUCUUGUCUCUCCUUUUUCCUCGAGCGCGGCCAGCACACAAACGCCGUUCAGGCCGUUGCCGCAAUUGUCAACAUUCGACUGCCAUUUCAACAGAGCUCAGCCUUCCCCAGGCAUUCACCAAAUUCUAGCUCUACACCCAGUCAUCCCUCUACCAAUUCAGACGUUUCGUUAGUCCCCUAUGUACGCCGCCUGGUUGCCACCGGGUUUGACACCGUCGCCAUUCUACAUGGCUUCUUCGGCGACGGCUGGGAUGUUGGUAUCGGCCUCAUACACGAGAAUGAGCGGAGAAACUAUCUCUUCGCGGCCAAGAGCGAGACUUGGCUCAGAGUCAAAGCCAGCUACGACUUGGAGGACGGCCAGUCAGUUCCCUUCUUGCGUCCUCUUCAAGGAGUCACCGAGAAAGAGAUACAGGCAGCAGAGGCAAACUGGAGUGAAUGGCUCGCGAUGCAAGACUGGAUGUUGGGGCCCCGUGCACCUCCAGACGGCCCUUCUCAAAUGCACCAGAACAAUUAA